AUGCCAUUAUUAUAUGACAAUAACAUGAAAUUUGAAUUAGAGAAUUUCGAUGAUGAUGAUGAUGAUGAUGAUUAUGAUGAACAUUGUCAUGGUUUAUUAAUUCGACGAAAAACUAGUUAUACCACUCGAGUUAAUAAAUCUUCAUCAAAAACAUCCUUAUCUGCUCGUCAACAAUCUGAAACUAUUUAUGUUGAUCAAGCUAUAGCAUGUGCCUUAAAAUCACGUCCAAAAGCGUUUCAUUAUACACAAAAAAACCUACAAUAUCUUCCUCCAUCUAUUCAACAUCUUGCAGUAUGUAAUAGUUUACGUGAACUUGAUUUAUAUGGAAAUCAACUUAAAUCAUUACCUAAUGAAAUUGGAAAAUUGAAAUCUAUUGAAAUUUGUAAUUUAGGAAAUAAUCAUUUUGAAGAUUUACCAAUUGUUCUUGGUUUAUUACCUAAUCUUACAAAAUUACUUCUAUUUAAUAAUCAUCUUGGUAAUUUAUCUUCAUCAUUAUCAUUUUCAAAAUUAAAUAAUUUACGUAUUUUAAAUUUAAAUAAUAAUUCUAUAACACAUUUACCAACUGAUAUUGGUAUAUUAAUUAAUCUUGAAAUUUUAAGUAUAGAACAUAAUAAAUUAAUAGAACUUCCACGUGAAAUUGGUUUAUGUAUACAUUUAAUUGAACUUCAUCUUGGUUAUAAUCAUUUAACAAAACUUCCACUUGAAAUUGGUUAUUUAAUUGAAUUAAAACAACUUAUUUUACAUCGUAAUAAUCUUCUUGAAUUACCUGAAAGUAUAACUAAUUUAAAAAAUUCAUUAAAAUUAUUAGAUAUUGCUUGUAAUAAUUUACGUAUAUUUCCAAGUAAAUUUCAUACAUUAAAUUUAAAUGAAUUUUAUACGGAAAAUAAUCCAUUAUUAGAACAUACACCAAUACAUUCAAUACAAGAAAAUGAAAUAUUAACAUUAAAAGAACUUUGUGCACGUCGUUCAAUGAAUGAAUUACGUAAUCCAACAUAUGAUUUUCAACCAACAUUACGUGAACGUAUACAACAUAAUAAAAAAGCUAAAGAUAUUUUAAUACAAUGUACUGAAUGUCAAUUUUGUCAUAAUUAUUUUUUAAAUACAUGGUUAGAAUGUGUAGAAUUUAUUGAUGUACAACGAACAUUUAAAGGAAUGAAAAAUAAUAUUAAUCCCGCCCUAGCUAUUAUUCCUCAACGUGUACUUCUUUGUUCAUAUGAAUGUUUCAAUACUCCAGGUCAUAAUUACUAUGGUGUUGCUUUUACUUAA